AUGCGCUCAUACACAAGCACGAAGCUCGGUUCUGUCACUGGUGGUCCCUACGACAACCGGUUUAUGGACUACCCCUGGCAACCUGAACACGCAUUUCCCAGUAUCUCAGAGUAUCUCGAAUACUACCGUGGUAUAUUCCUAGAAUUCUGUGGAGCCGAGUACGUGGACAAACUGUUCAGCUGCUUUCCGACGGAGGAACUGGUCCAUUUUACUCAUGGCGAUCUCCUCCCCCAAAACAUUCUCGUUGAUGGUUCCAAGAUUACAGCCAUCAUUGACUGGGAGACUGCUGGCUAUUAUCCUGCGUUCUGGGAGUAUUGCCGUAUGCAUGAUCCAGGGUUGAUGACGCCUGGAUGGCAACAAGUCCUCGCACGUUUAUUCCCUGGUCCGCGGCGGGAGAAGGAUACAAGCUGUGGGACGGAUCAUUCGUGA